CGGAGAGGAUGCCCCCGCCUCGCCCGCCGGGCUCCAACUUCGCGGAGAACUAUCGGCCCCGCAGCCUCCGCGCCCGCCCUGCCUCUCCAGGCCGCGCGUCCAACUUAAUGCCCCAGCGGGAGCCCCAGCCAGCAGCCCCCCGGCCUCUGGCCUCCGCACUCCCCGCAGCAGCCCGGGCUCCCGGCGGCCUCCCGGUGCCGGCGGAGCUCCUGGCCCCGGCGCGCGUGGGUCCCGCGGCGCCCGGGGCGGCGGCAGAGCGGCAUGCGGCGGCCCCGCGCACCAUGAGACAGGGCACCGGCACCGGCGGCAGGCAGGAGGCGGGCAGCGUCCCCGGCUCCUCGUCGGCGAGGAAGAGUUUACCGGCUCCCGAGGCCGGCCUCCUGCGCGGCUGGAGCAGCGGCGGCCGCUGCCGCAACGGCACCGGGAGGCACCGGAAAAGCGGCGGCAUCCAGCUCGCCGGCACCGGCGGCGCUUCCCGCGCCCAGGUGGCCACCGCGGACAGCAGCAGCAGCGGCGGCGGCGGCGGCGGCUGGGGCUUCCCCGCCGCGCUCCCGCAGCACCGGCACUCCAGAAAAAACUGCUUAGACAAUCUAAUGGAUGAAGAUGAGAAAGACAGGGCAAAGAGGGCUUCGCGUAACAAGUCUGAGAAGAAGAGGCGUGAUCAGUUCAAUGUUCUCAUCAAAGAGCUCAGCUCCAUGCUUCCAGGCAACACUCGCAAAAUGGACAAAACCACUGUGCUGGAAAAAGUCAUCGGCUUUCUGCAGAAACACAAUGAAGUCUCAGCACAGACGGAGAUUUCUGAAAUUCAGCAGGACUGGAAGCCUUCAUUUCUCAGCAAUGAAGAAUUCACCCAGCUGAUGUUGGAGGCAUUAGAUGGCUUCAUUAUAGCAGUAACCACAGGUGGAAGCAUCAUCUAUGUGUCUGACAGCAUCACACCUCUUCUGGGGCAUUUACCGUGUGAUGUCUUGGAUCAGAAUUUGUUAAACUUCCUCCCAGAACAAGAACAUUCAGAAAUUUAUAAGAUGUUAUCUUCUUGUAUGCUUAUGACAGAUUCUGCCUCAUCCGAUUACCUAAAAACUGACAAUGAACUAGAGUUUUAUUGUCAUCUUCUGAGAGGAAGUUUGAACCCAAAGGAAUUUCCAACAUAUGAAUACAUAAAAUUUGUAGGAAAUUUUCGGUCUUACAGCAAUGUGCCUAAUUCCACUUGCAAUGGCUUUGAUGAGGCUGUCCCAAGGGCUUACAGAACACCCCCAGGAAAGCAGAUCUGCUUUGUUGCAACCGUUCGUUUGGCAACACCUCAGUUUUUAAAGGAGAUGUGCAUCGUAGAAGAACCUCUAGAGGAAUUCACAUCAAGACACAGUCUGGAGUGGAAAUUUUUAUUCCUGGAUCACAGAGCACCGCCGAUUAUCGGAUACCUCCCUUUUGAAGUGCUGGGUACUUCUGGCUACGACUAUUACCACAUAGACGACCUAGAGCUGCUAGCAAGGUGCCAUGAACACUUGAUGCAGUUCGGCAAGGGGAAGUCGUGCUGCUAUCGGUUUCUGACCAAAGGACAGCAGUGGAUCUGGCUCCAGACCCAUUACUACAUCACCUACCACCAGUGGAACUCCAAGCCAGAGUUCAUUGUGUGCACUCACAUGGUGGUAAGUUAUGCAGAUGUUCGGGUGGAGAGGAGACAGGAUAUGGGCUUGGAAGAAGUGUCCUCAGAGGUGGUGUCCUCAGCACUAAAGGAGAGUGGUGCCAGCUUGGAUCCUGAACAGCACUUUAAUGCACUUGAUAUUGGUGCCUCAAUCCUCAGCGCUAGUCGGACACCCUCGGUAUCAUCCAGGAGCUCGCCAAAAUCUUCCCACACACCCAAGUCAGACCCAGCAUCUACACCAACAAAGCUGAUUACAGAGUCCAACACUCCCUUGCCAAGAGCACCGAGCGCACAGCAGGAUUUAUCUGUGCAUAGACUCAGCCAGCCUACUGCUCUUCAGGUUUCUUUGCCUUCUCAGCUUCCAUGUGAGCUUCUCCCACAGCAGUUGCUGCCUCAAGCAACUCUGCAAAAUCAGCCUGCACCUCUGGCACAGUUCUCAGCACAAUUCAGCAUGUUCCAGACCAUCAAGGACCAGCUGGAGCAGCGGACACGGAUCCUGCAGGCCAACAUCCGCUGGCAGCAGGAGGAGCUCCAGAAGAUCCAGGAGCAGCUCUGCCUGGUCCAAGACUCCAGUGUACAGAUGAUCUUACAGCAGCCAACAGUGUCCCUGAGCUUUAGCAAUACUCAGCAGCUGGACCCACAACAGCUACAGCAGAGGUCAGGGACCCUUUCUCAGCAGCAGCUUGUCCCCGGUUCUCAACUUCAAGGGCAAAUCACAUCUUCACAAACAACGAACCAGCAGUCACUGAGAGAAGGAAGUGUGAUAUCAAGCCAGGUAACCAUUUCUUUGAACAGAGAAGCAUUUAGAUGGGAAGGAGACACUGAGCUGUUCUUAAGCAAGCGAGUAAAAUCUUGUCAGUCUUGUAACUGGGAAGGCCUUUGCCUUCCCUUUCUUAUUCUUGGCCCGAAGGCAGCGCGGAGCCCGGAGCUGGCGCCGGGCGGCGGCCGCGCCCCGCCUCGCCCCCCGCCCGCACCGUUCGCCUCAGGCGGCGGCGGCGGCCCCGCGGCGCUCCCUGGCGGCCUGUCCCGCGGCGGCACCCCCGCGCCCGCCGGCUGCAGCCACGACCAGCAGCUCAGAUUGUUGCUUAGCCAGCCUAUUCAGCCCAUGAUGCCUGGGUCCUGUAAUGCAAGACACCCUUCAGACCUCAGCAUGGCGGGAUCCCAGGCCAAGUAUUCUCAAACCCAACAAAUGUUUCCAAGUUUGGAAGUGCAGACUUCCAGCAGCAGCUCUCCAAUCGUACUGAUGGGACAAGCAGUGUUAAACCAAGGGUUCACCACUACCCCUCCUUCCCAGCCAUCCUCCUUGCCACCUAUGCAACUCCAGCACCAACAGCAUCAGCAACAACGCUACCUGCAGGUGCAAACACCAAGUUCUUUGCACAAUGAACAACCUGAUUCUUUGCUCCUGCCAUCUUACUCACCACAGCAAGGAAAUAUGGGGUAUCAUCAGACACAGCAGCAGCAGCAGCAACAACAACAACAACUAACAUCAAGAAGAAGGAAUAGUUUAUCAGAAUCAUCAAAUUUACCACAGCCACUGCGAUAGAGUCCCACCAGCACAAUCAAUGCACGAUUAGCUUUAACCAAUGGGCACAUGGGGCAGAAGAGAAUGACUUUGUACUUACUGUUCUGGCUUUUGCACAAGCAUUUCUUUCCAAGCUCUAUGACAGAAGUACGCCCAGAGUGCAGACUGCCAUGGACAGCGCAUUCCCGGCACAUUGGCUUCCGUUUGCGCUGUGUCGUGAGCACAGGAUGUAUGACAGAGCAAAAUGAAAAGGAGCACUAUCCUGUGCAGCCUCCAUCACCACUGGGAGCACAGGAAGAGGUGGUCAAUCCCAGCAUGUCACUCUGGAAGCCAUCUGGCAAUUCCAAAAGACUGUCAACAGACUCAUGAGGUACUUGGCCUUCACUGUUUCAGUUCUUCUUUUGUGUAUGAAAAGCACUGCGUCAAAGGUCUAUCGAGGAGAGAACAAGAGAUUAUUUUUAUUAUGAUUAUUGUUAUUAUUUUGCACAACUGCACAGAUGAGAAAACUAGGCACUUUCUGUAAAGAGAAGUUUGUUUCUUUAUUCUUGUGGCCAAAUUAGCACAUCCAAUGGAAGAAAAAGCCCAGCCACUGGUGAUGAUGGUCUACAGCUCAUAACCCUUGAUUUAGAAUCUAAAAAGUAUUAUGCAGCUUACCCUAACUGUUCUUCAUUACUAAAAACAAACCAACCAAAAAAACAAACCCACAACCCACACUGGACUGUUUCCUACAUGAAUUGUGAUUGCAAAGGAGAACUCAAAUUGUAAGCACAAUCAUGCAAUUCUCCAGUAGUACAACAUGAAUUCUUCUUCAAUCUAAACUCACCCACUCCAAGUCUCUGAGAAAUAUGCACUGUGUUUUGGCCCACUGACUUGGGAUGCUGCAGACUAUUACAUAUCUCUUUCAUUAUAACAUUUAGGAUUAAAUUUUCCUUUGGAGGAAAAAAAAAGAAAAUGCACUUUUCGCUUUUUUUGUAUGUUUUCCGUUGAUAUGUUUCUAAGAAAGAUUUUAUGUAAUAAUUAAAUAAAAAGUAGUGUAUUGUACAGCUGUUGUAAUAAUGACCUAUUUCUAUAUAAAAUAAAAUUAUAUGGAAUUAUGUGGAAAUUAUUUUGUAUAUGAAAUAUCAACUCAUUUCACAAGUAUAAAGAUUGUGCUUGUGUUUUUUUGUGAGUGGGUAUUUUGUAAUAA